GGGACCCGCCUGUCCGCGUGGGGGCGCGACCCGCGGGCGCCCGGAGGCCCUGGCGAUGGGCCGCGGGUGACCCGGCCUGUGUGCUCCAGGUGCGGUCCCGCGGCGCCAUGGCCGGGAAUCUCUCCCCCGGGGCAGCCGGCGGCCCCCGCUCGCGUCUGGGCUUCCGAGCCAGCUGCAGGAUGGUGCUGAACUUGCUGCGGGACACCGAGGUCUCGCUGCCCUUCACCCCGGAGCUGCCCCGCACCCCGGUCACCGCCCUCGCUCGGGGCCUUAGGAACCUCGGCGCCUUGGCUGGGGAUACACCAAAGUGCUGUCUAGAUCUGUCUGAUCUCAGCAGUGGUGAGGAGAUGCCUGCCUUCAAUUUCACCCAUUCCCCAGACAUGGCUGUUGCAGGUCGGGUGGACUCCUCAGGACCUCAGGAUGGGCUAGAGGCACAGAGGCAGAAUGUAAAAUCUUUCCUGCCCCAGGUAUUAUGCAGCACACCGAGUUCCCCAGGCUCCAUGCAGCGAGAGGGCAACAAGAUAGACAACUCCCUGAACAUGGAAAACGAGGGCCGCUGGUUUAAGCGCCCAGGGUGGCAAAUGCCUAGGUCCCUGCUGUUUCGAAAGAGAGCAACAGCUCAGCUGGAUGCAGGGGGCUUGGAGGAGUGUGAAGUGAAAGAUUUGGGCAGCCCAAUUGCUGCAGUGGCACCGCAUCCAUGCAGAAUGGCAGAGAACUUGGACAGCUUUGAAGAGCUCUUCCCCAAUGAACAAGAAGACAUGGAGAAACCAGUGGCUGGGAAUCUGUCCUCCAGCAUGGCUGUCCUGCUCUCUGGACCCCUCCUCACACAGGACAUCAAUGUCAGUGAAAUCUCUAUCAACAGAAGUCGCCUGUACCGCUCACCAUCCAUGCCAGAGAAGUUGGACAGACCGGUGCUGAAGCGAAUAGUGAGAUGCCAGGACAAUGAAACUCCAGUCAAGGUGAAACUGAGACGCAAUCCUGUCUAUGAGGAGCUGGAGCAGGGCGCAACUCUGAAGAAGACGGCCUCACUCUCAGACAUGGAAAUUGUCAAAGUUCUUGAUCAGGACUAUGGCUUCCGACAGCUCAUCGGGGACUUCUCUAAGGUGUAUGCGCUGCCAACAGUGACAGGAAGGCAACAGGAUCUGAGAUACAUCACUCCGGAGACUGUGGCUGCUCUUCUCUUUGGCCAAUUCCAAAGCUUGAUUGAGACAUUCUACAUCAUCGACUGUCGCUACCCCUAUGAGUAUCGGGGGGGGCACAUAAAGGGGGCUCUGAACUUUCACAGGCAGGAAGAGGUCUUUGAGUUCUUGCUGAAGAAGCCUCUGUUUCCGUCCACGCCACAGAAACGCAUUGUCCUUGUGUUCCACUGUGAAUUCUCCUCAGAACGGGGCCCCAAGAUGUGCCGCUAUCUGAGGGCAGAAGAUCGAGCCAUGAAUGAGUACCCUGCACUGCACUAUCCUGAGCUCUACGUCCUGAAGGGAGGCUACAAGGAGUUCUUCCCUGAGUACAAGGAGCUCUGUGAACCCCAGGACUACUGUCCAAUGCACCACCAGGACUACAAGGCAGAAUUGCUGAAAUUCCGUACCAAGAGCAAGUUGUGGGCUGGAGACCGGAGGAGACGCGACCAAAUCGCUCGUCUCAUGAAGUUGUGAGGGCAGAGGCAGCAGCCUUGAGUGGGCACUGCUUGGAAGGGCUCUGCCUUGCACAGCAACAGUGUUUUUUCUCUUGGAAGUGGGUCACACAGUGACAGUCAGAGGCUGGAAAGUGGGAACCUGCCUUGUCCUGUGGAAACUGCAGCCACCUUCAGCCAUUUCAGAUGCUAACAAAUGCUACAGGAAGGCUGGUUAAAAAAGGUCUUGAUUCUUGAUGCUGCAUUUUGGAAAGACUGUGGCUGAGCAUGACCCGGGUGGACCUAGCAGUCUGUAAGGAAACGGGGCCUCCUUCACAUGGAAGGCACAGAGCGGGCCAGGUUCUAGGCUGCCUCUCAAUGUUGUGCCCCGCCAUUGCAGGGCAGGGUAUGUCACAGCCUGAGCUUUGACUCCUUUUUCCAUCUCCUGCUUCUAGCAGGAACCUCCAUGUUUCUCUUCACUGUUACUCUAGGUUUUGCAUUUAAUUGUCUCUCUUUAGUGACAGAAUAAACAGAUACCAAAGUG